UUUUCCUAAUUUUUCAAUCUUCAAAAAAGAGUUUUGCGAUCGUAGAAGGUACCAUCGGGCUUUCCACCAUUUUCUACGUCGAGACAAAUUCAACCCAGGACUUCUAUAAGAAGACUCGAGACUCGUACAAACAAUACAUGGUUGAUGUCAUGGUUUUGUUUGGAGUUGAACGGAAAGAUGCCGAGACACAAAUGAAUGAAGUAUACCAAUUGGAAAAGCAAAUUGCCAUGAUUUUUAGAACACAGAAUGGACGUCCAACCUCGUCGACAAUCGGCCAACUAUCCAGAUACACAAACUUUGAUUGGUAUUCGUUUCUGACUGCAAUCUCAGCUCAGCAAAGUUAUAAUUUGUCCAACGAUGAUAUUGUUUUGGUGAAGACAAAAAAUAUCUUGAAACACAUCAUGACAUUGAUAGAUGGAAAAGAUCGAGCAGUUCUAUCAAAUUACAUUGCGUGGAUAGUGAUCAAAGACGUGAUACGACAUUUACCAAAUGCUUACCUUGAUGCGCGUCUGAUGCACCAACGACGCAUUCACGGCGAGUCGUACGAGGAUCUUGAGCGAUGGAAUUUCUGUUAUGAACGAACGAUGAGCACAUUUCCGAUGGCCAUUGGCCUGAUGUAUGUUGAUGAAAAAUUACGCCCAGAUGCCAAAGCAAGGGCGAAGGAAAUAUUUGAGGAAAUAAGAAGUGAGUUUUUGAGAGAGCUUGAUGAGCAAACUUGGAUGGAUAACGCUACCAAGAGAAAUGCGAGAAAAAAGGCUGCUGCAUCAAGAAUUCUGGUAGGAUACCCGGACUUUAUUAGGGAUGAAGAAAAGUUGAAUGCAGAAUACGAAGAUAUCCAAGUAAAUCGUAGUGAAUACCUCAAAACAGUUUUCUCAAUAAAAAGAUUGAUCUUCAUGAAAAAAAUCGCCGAAUACAAGAAGCCCGUAGAUAAAUAUGCGUUUUCUCAUUCACCGGCAGAUGUCAAUGCUUACCACUAUAGACAGGAAAACAAAAUCGUUUUCCUCGCUGGAAUAUUAAACCCACCAUACUAUAGCGAUAAAAGUCUCAGAGCAUCAAAUUAUGGAGGAAUUGGCAUGGUAGCUGGUCACGAGUUGACUCAUGGUUUUGACAGCAAUGGUCGUCAUCAUGACAAGGAUGGUAACAGGCGUAAUUGGUGGACGACGAAUUCAUCAAUCGAAUUUAUGAGAAAAAGCAAGUGCUUUGUCGACCAAUAUGGAAAAUUUGAAAUGUUUGGAAAAAAUGUGAACGGAAUGUUAACCCUCGGAGAAACUACUGCGGAUAAUGGGGGUCUAAAAUUUGCUUAUGAGGCGUACAAAAGAUGGGUCGCGAAAAAUGGCGAAGAGCAAAGGCUACCUGGCCUAGAUUACUCGCCACAUCAGCUGUUCUUUGUGUCAUAUGCACAGGGAUGGUGUUCAAAGUAUACUCUGCAAGGUGCUCUCAACCAACUUGAUAACAAAGCCUGGCCACCAAUGAACCUCAGGGUGGAAGGUGCAAUUAUGAACUCCGAGGGAUUUGCAGAGGCAUUCCAGUGUCCCCAAGGGUCACGCAUGAACCCCGAGAAGAAGUGCAGCGUCUGGUGAUGUUAAGGUGGCUCAGCAAUAUUUUUCAAUAGCCGCGAAUCGUGCUUGUUGAUCAAGUAUGCCUUGUUAUUUACUUCUUCAAUUCAUGUCAAGACUUGUACAGCGCCAUGAUGACGAUGAAAAUUCCCCCAUUUUAAACUAUGAUUGCUUCAUUCUAAUUUGUAAAUUUAUUCAAUUUUCCACAUAUUCUGUAUAAACUUCUAUUCCAGCCAACCAAUCAUUAGGUAUCAUUAGCUGAAAGAUGCUGGCAUUGAUAUUUUAAUGAUUUUUUAAUCCAAGACUGUCGUAUCAGGUAUAUAUUAUGAAAUUCACCAAGUUUAAUCAACGUUUUGUAAAUGACGUUUUCCAGAGAAUCAUUCAGCUUGUAAAGAUAUGCAAAAUCCUUUUAUGUUUAUUUUGAACAUUGCAGGAUUGCUGUUUAAAUAUAAAUUAGAAAUUGCAUGUGGUCUCGUUAAAUUGUUGUCAAACACUGAGUUUGCAUAUAUAAAAGUGCGAAGCUAGAAGCGACAAAGACGAUAUUAUUUUAUCACCGUUUCACAAGAAUAUCUCUCAAGCACAGCUUAUGAAAAAAUAU